AUGCCGAAUGAACACAAAAGAAAGCGACAACCAGAGCUUAAACCUAAUACCCAUAAAAAACCAGCCAAAACCAUAAGCAACGGAAAAGAAGAAGAGCCAUUCCCAACUCACGCUCGACCUACACCAGAUGAAUGCAGAGCAAUACGAGACUCUCUCUUGGCCUUUCACGGCUUUCCUCAAGAGUUUGCAAAAUAUCGCAAACAGAGAGACGAUGAAGGUUCUUCCCAUUUAAUAAACAGUUGUGAUAAAAAGAAUGACAGUGGGGUGAAAGUGGAAGAAGAGGAGAGUGUUUUGGAUGGUCUAGUGAAAACAGUACUAUCCCAGAAUACUACAGAGGUUAAUUCUCAAAGGGCUUUUCUUAAUCUCAAGUCUGCUUUUCCAACUUGGGAAAAUGUGAUUGCUGCUGAAUCAAAAUGUGUAGAGAAUGCUAUAAGAUGUGGAGGUUUAGCUUCAACAAAGGCUGCAUGCAUUAGGAACAUAUUGAGUUGUUUGAUGGAGAAAAAAGGAAAAUUAUGCUUGGAGUACCUUCGAGAUUUGUCAGUCGCGGAAAUUAAGGCUGAGCUCUUUCAUUUCAAAGGAAUUGGGCCCAAGACGGCCAAUUGGCAUCUUUUGAAGAAUGCGAUUCUUCUUCAUCUCUUUUUAACUCAUAAGAAAAGGAGGAAGGAAUCUGCUGGUGAAGAGAGUCUUGUGCUGCUUGCUAGUGCAGCCCAGGGAAACGUCUACAUGGAUGAUAUCUCGACACAAAGAGAAAGGUUGAGUGAAAGCAAAGAUAGUUUAAUUCCUUUUGCCAAGAUAGAAUUGACGCCCAAUUACCCAGAUAGCAACUUCAGCUUUUUGUUUUUGGAGAUGCGUGCAUGGCGAAAUAAUGGCUACAAGGAUGCCAGAACAAACCGAUCCUUGGUAGCUUGUGUUUUGAUGUUCAACCUUCAGAAAGAUGAUUUCCCAGUGGACACACAUGUGUUUGAAAUUGCAAAGGCCAUUGGUUGGGUACCAGGAGUGGCAGACCGCAAUAAGACAUAUCUUCAUCUCAAUCAUCGCAUACCGGAUGGACUAAAAUUUGAUCUGAAUUGUCUUUUAUAUACACACGAGGUGAAUCCUUACACUGGCGGUGAGAAACGGGCUAUGAGAUCUGAAGAGGGGAAUGGAAGUGGAAAGUCUGUGGACGAAGUUUCAUCUAAGAUGGAUAAGAAUGCAAAAAGAAAAGCUCGGCGUAUGAACUGGAGCACAAGAAGGGGUCACCAGAAUGCUCAUAAGAAGCGAAGGAUUAAAAAGAAGAAGAAAAUUUUUGUCUUGAUCCUCCCCAAAAGCCUGAAUGAUCUUGUUUAUGAUCAUUCUGUGCCAUCCCUUGCUCCAUUUUCUUCUCAAGUACCUAAGUUUACACACUAUAGGGAGUCUCUAAUUUCUUUCAAUCACUCGCAACAGAAUCAGUACUUAUGUUGUGAUUUUACAUCCAAGUCCAUAUUUCUCAGCUCUCAGAAUGUUGCAGCUGACACCUAUGACAGAAAACUAGUUGUCAAGCCUACGCCAUUGUAUAUUUCAAAGGGCUGUGAAAGUCUGUAUAUCCGGUUAGGGCUUGCUGGACGGGCAGAUGUCUGCAGCUCCUCUUGA